GCAUGUUUACAUUUCCCCGUGCCUGCGGUCUCUUUAUCAGGCAAUGGGUUUGUUCUGCGUCUAGUAUAAAGUAAGCGAGCGCAGGUUUCACACACACACGUACUGCACACAUGCAGCAUGCUCAGGAUGACACAGACAAGUACAGUAUUGAGCAUUUUCAUCUUGUUUCUUCACACCACUUUUGGGGAAAGUGGUUGCGCCUCAGCAGAUGGUGAUGGGACUUUUGAAGAUGAUGAACUAGACAAUUUUGAAAUCAACUGCUUCAGCCAGCUGGAAUCUAAGGUUUCCUAUAGCAGCCUGACCUGCAAUUUUACAGAGCUGCCUCCUCACAACACUAACUAUACCAUGGCCCUGUGUACCAAGGAAGACAGCAGUUACAUGUGCUUCAACAUGGAGAAACAGGAAGAUCUAUACUUCUUAGAAUUCACUGAUAUACUAUCGAAUAAAGACAUUUGCAUGCUCUCUGAGACAAAGAAAAGGGUCUGCAGGAGUCUGGUUGUAACUGACAUUGUUAAGCCUGAAGUACCGUUCGAUAUAAACGUCACAUACCAAAAGGAGGCAAAUGAGUAUCUUAUUCAUUAUAGUACACCACACUCACGGAAGAAGUACUUAGAUGGCAAAUUAAUACACCAAACAGCCUAUCGGCAGGAAGAAGGCACUUGGAAGACAAUAGAGUCGCCGUACCUUCAGGUAAAAUUACUGGGGAAAAACCUCGAAAACGAUGCAUCGUAUGAGGUGAAAGUACGUUCGCAGCCCAACGGAGUUUAUUUUAAGGGCACGUGGAGCGAAUGGAGUGCUUCCAAGAGCUUCAGGACUGCAAAGGAGCAGCACUCCACAGAGAGCUCUAGUAGCGUGGUCGUGAUUGUACUCUUCCUCUUGGGAUUCAUGCUGUCUGUUGUCAUGAUUGUCCUGAUCGGAACUUUUUGGGAAAACAGGAUCAAGCCUGCUGUGUGGCCAAACCUUCCUGAUCAUAAAAAAACGCUGGAGCAACUGUGCAAGAAGCCAAAAAAUAAUUUUGAUAUAAGCUUUAACCCAGAGAGUUUUGGUUACGUUCAUAUUCAUAAAGUGGACGGCAUUCGAGCAAAAGCUGAACUGGAAAACUUUCUACAGACAUCAACUGCUCCAGAGACAAACCUUCCAGAAAAAUUUAGGAGUGGAUCAGACCUGAAGAUGAUCCCUGCCAUGACAGACAAAAGCAACCUAAACCUGUCUGUGACUUAUGGAGGAAUCUGGCCGGCUGAAGCCCUGUGCAGACUCCUAGGCACCAGCCAGUUUGCAGUCACCGAAGCAAACUGCGGCUCCAGCACGUACGAGGUGUGCCACAGCAACGGUGUGCCGCUGUGCGAUGAUGGUUUCGACCUUUCCUCCACUCCUACCCUGGAUCCCUCUGACCAGCCCAGAUCAGAGCCCCUAAAUGAUGACAUCGUAUCCCAGAUGCUGCCUGCCAGUGAAACGAGGUCACCAAACAACGAGGAAGCCUAUGUCACAAUGUCUAGCUUCUACAAAAUUCAGUAA